GCAUGUUUCAGAAGCGCACCGCCAGCUGUCAAAUAUAAAAACCGUUUCACAACACAGUUCAGUGUAACCAGUGUUUCCUCCAGACUGAGGUCGUGUAGUGGGGUUUCAACACGCUCAUCUCGUAGUUGUGCGGUACAGUCAGACGUUGUUACAGCUCUCUUUAGACUGUAUUCCGUGUUUUCGUGGUAUUUGGUCGUUAAACAUGGAGAGGUUUGAAGGCUACAUGUUCACUGCGCUCUGCAGCACCAACUUCCUGAUCUCCUGCCUGCUGUUCUCCAGAGUCACCAGGGAGCAGAGGGAGCCCUACAUGGACGAGAUGUUCCACGUCCCACAGGCUCAGAAGUACUGCCACGGCAAGUUCAACGAGUGGGACCCGAUGAUCACCACUCUCCCAGGCCUUUAUCUCGUCUCUGUGGGCGUCAUCAAACCCGUGGUGUGGCUCGCUGACCUGACGGGCCAGGUGGUGUGUUCCACGGCGAUGCUGCGCUUCAUCAACCUGCUGUUCAACUGCGGCAACCUCUACCUGCUCUACCUGCUCAUCUGCAAGCUGCACCUCAGGGAGAAGACGCGAACGACCUCACGGCGUGUCCUCUCAGCGCUGUCUCUAUCCACCUUCCCCGUGCUGUACUUCUUCAACUUCCUCUACUACACCGACGCCGGAUCUACUUUCUUCACCCUCUUCACCUACCUCAUGACGCUCUACGGCUGCCACAAAGCCUCGGCGCUCCUCGGCGUCUGCUCCGUGCUCUUUCGUCAGACCAACAUCAUCUGGGUGGCCUUCUGCGCGGGCACUUUGGUGGCCGCCAAGAUGGAUGAGGUCUGGAGGACGGAGCACACGAAGAAGAGGGAUGAUAAGUCCCCGCCGUCCCAGGUACCGCUGUCGCUCAGCGGCGCUAAGAAAGUGCUGCUUUUCACGCUGGAGUUCCUCACCUCACCCAGUCACAUGAAGGCGGUGCUGCUGGUGGCCUGGCCUUACGCGGUGGUCGGCGUGGGCUUCCUGUUGUUCGUGCUGCUGAAUGACGGGAUCGUGGUGGGCGACAGGACGAACCACGAAGCCUGCCUCAACUUCCCCCAGCUCUUCUACUUCUUCUCCUUCGCCCUCUUCUUCUCCCUCCCCGUCUCGCUGUGCUACUACCGCGCUCUCCGCUUCCUCCAGUCUCUGAAAAAGCAGCCUCUGUUUUACCUCUCCGUCACGUGCGUCGCCUUGCUCCUGGUGUGGAAGUUCACCGCCGUCCACAAGUACCUCCUGGCGGACAACCGCCACUUCCCCUUCUACGUGUGGAAAAGGCUGUUCCAGAGGCACGAGCUGGUGCGCUUCUUCAUCGUCCCCGUUUACGUGUUCGCAGGGUGGAAUUUUCUGGACUCCUUCAAGUCGCGCUCGCUCUUCUGGAGUUUGGCGUUCCUGGCGUGCCUUCUGGCUGCGACGGUGCCCCAGAAGCUGCUGGAGUUCAGGUACUUCAUCGUUCCCUACCUGAUGUACCGCCUGCACAUGCCUCUCCCCUCUCUGCCCAGACUCAUCGCGGAGUUCGUCCUGUACACGGUGGUCAACAUCGCCACAAUUUACAUCUUCAUCAGUAAGACCUUCCACUGGCCGGACAGCACGGCCACACAGAGGUUCAUGUGGUGAACUAAAGAGGAGUGAUGUCAGGAGGUCCUGCAUCUCAAACAGAGAACCACAGUACAUGUGACAUUUCAGAGAUCAAAGAAAAGCUUCUGUUACGUCUCAUUUACAUACAUGAGUAUGACCAAAUGGUGUUCGGGUUUGUGUAUAGGGAUCGCCAGCUUACACUGAGAAUCAACAUUGCUAGUAAUCAUAGACUGUAAAUAAAGACGGACGACUCGUCACCACUUCCUCCCGCUGUACAAAAGUGAAGCCAAAAUAUCCUGGAUACAGGAGCAGGCAUCUUGAGAUUUUGACGUCAUUUGGAGCCAGAGUCUGCG